AUGCAAGUGGAAGGGGAAGUGAGUAACAAAGCAUGCGUUGCGUCUCAGGUAUCAGCUGCUGCACUGCCACAACCAGUGGACCCCGCAUACGCACCCGCAGCAGCAAAAGCCCCGCCUCCACCCCCAACCCCACCGCCAACCCCAGCCGCAGCCGCAGCCGCAGCCGCAGCCGCAGCCGCAGCCGCAGCCGCAGCCCCAGCCCCAACCGCAGCAUAUGCCCCAGCCCCAGCAGCGUAG